AUGGAGAACAUCCAGGAUUUUAUUAGGGGCAUCCCGAAAGCAGAGCUUCACAUGCACAUCGAAGGCUGUAUUGAGCCGGGCAUGAUGUUUGCCCUGGCUGAGCGGAAUGGAAUCCCUCUUCGAUGGAAAUCCCCUGAGGCAUUGCGGGAUGCCUACGAGUUCAAUGAUCUUCAGUCAUUCCUCGCCUUAUACUUUGAGGGAUGCAAGGUACUGGUCAAAAAGCAGGACUUCUACGAUGUGACUUUUGCAUACCUUGAGAGAGCACACGCCGAGAACGUCGUCCGGGCCGAGCUCUUUAUUGGCCCCCAAACUUUUACUGAAAGUGGCACUCCUCUAUCCGAACUCAUGGAGGGCGUCCUCGGUGCAAUUCACGGAGCCGAGCAGACAUUGGGCAUCAGCGCAGGGCUCAUCAUAAGCACCCACCGACAUCGAACGGAAGAGGAAGCGCUUGAAUUACUCGACUCGAUCAUGCCGUGGAAAGAACUCAUUAUUGGCAUCGGCAUGGGCGGGCCCGAGAUGCCAAACCCACCCUCAAAAUUUGCUACCUACUUCAAGACGUGCCGUGAACGUGGAUUCCGAACCUGUAUCCAUGCUGGAGAAGAAGGUCCCUCCGACUAUGUACGUCAAGCUAUCGAGCAGCUACAGGUCGACCGGAUCGACCAUGGAAUUGCUUGUCUUUCGAAUCCAGCCCUGGUCGCGGAACUUGUUGAAAAACAGAUCCCACUGACGGUUUGCCCCGUGUCGAAUCUGAAACUCAACGUGGUAUCGUCGCUUGCUAGCCAUCCAUUGCGAAAGCUGCUCGACGCGGGAGUCAAGGUGUCGAUCAACUCUGACGAUCCGCCAUACUUUGGCGCUUAUAUAAAUGACAACUUCAUACAGAGCCAAGCCGCGCUCGGUCUUUCCAUUCACGACAUUAUUAUUCUCGCUCGCAAUAGUAUUUCCAGCUCAUUUCUAUCAGAAGAGGAGAUAAACGUUCUGAUUUUAAAGUUAGAUUCAUUCGUAUCAGGACUUUAA